GUCAAUAAACAUUUAUUUGCUGAGAGUAAUGGGAAUUGCCUUGGGAUGGCUUUCGCAUUGACCAGUUGUUGCCAUUGCUGUAGAGUGCGAACUGGCUGCAUAUCAUCCGCUAUCUGGAUGAUCAUUUACUAUUCCCUAACGACUGGUCUAAUGUUCCACGACAUGGCUAUAUGCAAUACAGAUGAAGUAGCAGGUUUCUGGUAUAUUGGCAUUUCUUUUGCCAUUAUGAUUGGUGCUUCGUUUAUUUUUCUAUGUGGCACUUUGUGUAAAUCGAUUCCAUUGAUUAUAUUAUUUCUGGUGCUGCAAGUUCCACCGAUUACAGUGGAAACUAUCUAUAUGCUGGUUGCCAUAAUAUAUGGCAUUGAACUGAAUAUUUUUAUACUCUAUACGAUACCCUUAAUUAUGCUAGGAUACUUUGACUUGGUGGCAUAUUCCUAUAUGGUAGAAUUGCAGCAAGCUCAAAGAGAGGCAAUGUUUCAUCAUGACGACGAAGAGGAAUACUAAAAGAUCUGGAUCUGAGACUGACUCAGGCGAACAAGAGAAGGGGCGAACGACAGAAGAAACAAAAAUGAUUUAUCGUAAUGGGAGUCUGGUGCUUCCAACGGCGCUGCCUAAAUGGCCGAUAACGUCUGCGAUCGUCCUCAAAAUAAAAACUGUGUUGUUGGGCCAAAAUGUCAACUCUUCAUAUAAAAAUUAACGAAAUAUAAAUUAAAAGAAUUAUGCCCCAAACUGUAUUGGAUGGGGCGAUGAAAUGAA